AUGGAUCCCAUCAUAACCACACCACGGUUGAAGCUGAUCCGGCUGACAAAAGCCGAGAGGGAGAGCCCAGAGUUCGAAUGGCUUCACCGACUCCACAGCAACGAGAAGUCGAUGUUCUGGAUGCUCGGGGGAACAUCAGACUCAGUAGAAAAAACCGAAGCACUCAUCAGCAAUUACCUGCCGGCAGAUGAAGAAGCAAGUGGGAGCUACCGAGCCGUCUACACUGUUCAUCGAAUCGAUGACGAGCCCUCCGAGUUCAUCGGCAUUGUCACGAUCUGCCCACUCGAUUCCACCAGCCUCCCGCUGCCAGAGAGUCUUACCAUACCAGCAACCGAAGCAGCAACGACUCUGACCGUAGAGGUUGCCUAUUCGUAUCUCCCGGCCGGAUGGGGUAAAGGGUACGCAACCGAGUCGAUCAACGCAGUGUUUGAAAGAUGCCGACGAGCCCGAUCCUUUUGGCUGCCGUUCACGAAGCUUUACGUCAGAGCGAUUGUAAACCACGAGAACUGGCCGAGCUUGCGGGUGAUGGAGAAGACGGGGAUGGUCAAGCGGGGAGUGCACGAAUGGAGAGGCAAGGCUGUUUUUGUGGGCGGAAGAUGGCGCGAGCAAGACACUAUCUGUAUCUUCGGCCAGCACCUCUUCGGCGGUGCUGACGAUAUCUAG